CAGACAGAGGCUGGGUCAUCUGAAGGUCAGCAGCAGACGAGGUUCAUGGAGAGUUCAGGCGCAUACAUUAGGUAACACCAUCGGUCGCAGUGACAUAACUAGUAUGAAGCAGGUUGAGUUGAGACAUUCGUCAAUAAAGAAGAGAUAAGACGAAGAAGACGAAGAAGAAGAAGUCCAGGAACAAACUUUGUUAUGCAAAACAGCCUCCACAUCUCGAUCUGUUUAAUCUCUUUCUCUCUGCUGGAGCGGCUACAGUCGGCUGUCUGCUGGCUGCGCGUCAACAUGCGCACAAUUUCUAACCGAUUAUGGAGGAUAAACGUCUAAACCCGACCGCACAGGCCUAUCUGAAUGUAAAAAUAGACAUGUUUUAUUGCUGAAAAAAAACUGUUUGCAUCCAUUACAAACUUGCAUCCAGCGCGCACAGGAGGUUGCAAACAGAGUAACCGGACCCGCUGUGAAGGAUACGUCUCCAUACGCGGACUUCACACCAUGUUUGAUUAUAUGGAAUUUCAAGCUUUCGGUCCCGGAGAAAUCCUGGACUUGUACGUAUCCAGCCCUGCGUGCAUGCUGCAGGAGCAGGACCAGGAUCUGGCAGCCUACUUCCCAGAGCUGAUCGAGACGGACUGGCAGACUCACCGAUGCUCGCAAUCAGUGGGAAGUCAGAGCUCCAGCUCCAGCUCAGAUGACCUGUUCACCAGCCCAGCUUCCCCUCCGCCGCCUCCUCGCACUUACAAGCCCUGUUUCGUCUGUCAGGACAAAUCCUCCGGUUACCACUACGGAGUCAGUGCCUGUGAGGGCUGCAAGGGCUUCUUCCGCCGCAGUGUGCAGAAAAACAUGGUGUACACCUGCCACCGAGACAGAAACUGCAUCAUAAACAAGAUCACCAGGAACCGCUGUCAGUACUGUCGGCUCCAGAGGUGCUUCGCUGUGGGAAUGUCCAAGGAGUCGGUGAGAAAUGACAGAAACAGGAGAAAAGGGAAGAAGGAAGCGGUGAAGAUGACGAUCAUGGAGACGUACGAGCUGACAGCGGAGCUCGGUCUGAUCGUGGAGAAGAUCUGCAGGGCCCACAGAGACACCUUUCCCUCCCUGUGCCAGCUGGGAAAAUACACCACAAACUCCAGCUCAGACCACAGGAUCCAGCUGGAUCUCGGCUUGUGGGAUAAGUUCAGCGAGCUCGCCACCAAGUGCAUCAUCAAGGUGGUGGAGUUUGCCAAGCGGGUACCUGGCUUCACCGGCCUGACCAUCGCUGACCAGAUCACUCUGCUCAAAGCCGCCUGCCUGGACAUCCUGAUCCUGAGGAUUUGUACUCGCUACACUCCCGACCAGGACACCAUGACCUUCUCUGAUGGGCUGACCCUUACCCGGACUCAGAUCCACAACGCCGGAUUUGGACCGCUGACAGACCACGUUUUCACAUUUGCAGGGCAGCUGCUGCCGCUGGAGAUGGACGACACAGAGAGCGGCCUCCUCAGCGCCAUCUGCCUCGUCUCUGGAGACCGUCAGGAUCUGGAGGAGCCGUCCAAGGUGGAGGUGCUGCAGGAGCCUCUGCUGGAGGCGCUGAAGAUCUACUCUCGCAAGCGGCGGCCCAGCAUGCCCCUCAUGUUCCCCAAGGCCCUCAUGAAGAUCACUGACCUGCGCAGCAUCAGUGCCAAAGGAGCUGAGCGAGUGGUGACGCUGAAGAUGGAGAUCCCGGGCUCCAUGCCUCCUCUGAUCAAGGAGAUGCUGGAAGAUCUGCAGAACCUGGAGAAAAACCAGAGGAAAGACUCGGAGGAGAGUCGAGCGGAGCAAAACGCCAGCCAGCACACACACACCGUCUCCUCACAGUAUCUAAACUCCUCCGGCUUCUUGCUCUGAAGCCUCUCAGAGAACAUUGCAUCCCGUCUUACCUCCCAGAGGAAAUGCUAACAGUGUAAAACUCCAGAUGCAGUCCAGAGGGUUACUAGUGUCUUACCUCAGUCUUUGGUCAGAGAACCGUCUGUGAAUAUUCACAGGUUGGUCGGCAGAGACACCGCUGUGUUUAAAGAGAUUCAGUUGUUACACUAACGUCUUCCUUUAUUAAAGAAACGCUAAUUUCUGUGAGUUAAAAUCCUGCUGCAAAGGGAGAAAAAAGAGAAAGAUGCAGUAAUGUUAGAAUUUCUGUCACACGUUUUUUUUUUUUACUCCCCAGUGGCAGGAUCCUCACGUCCACUGGGAAUCACUCUUUAACCUUUCUGUGUCGGGUUUCUUCUGUAUUUAUAUUUGCAUGAGUUAUCACAUGGAUUAAUUUUUUUGACCUGAUUAAAAAACAAUCCUUUUAGCGGUAGGGUAGCAAAAAUAGUAUACAUAUGGAGUUAAAAGCAAUUUCUGGGGUUUUUACAUAUGAUUUGAACCUUUUUCACUCAUCAAAGUCCACUGUUUGUACACUUGAUAUAUUGAUUUGCCCCGUACGUGUAAAUAGAAAAAAGCUCUGGACUCAUUUGAAAACGAUUGGAGAAAUAAGCUGUUUUAUUUGUGCAAAAGGGAAAUAUAAAUGCAAAAACUUGAUUGUGAAGUUUUUACUCGUAUCGGUGAAUGUUCAUAACUGGCACAAACUGAUGUAGCUGAGUUUACGUAGGAAAUUAUGUAGGAAAAAACCUGCUCAGCGAUGCAGUUUGUUUUGUUUUUUUUGAGUUUUUUGUUGAUCAGCGGUUGCCAGUGUUCAGAGUCAGUACUCCUCCUGGAGCCAAUGAGGUGCAUUUUACUUUAACCCCCCCAUAUUUAGCAUUUAUUAGCAGAAUAUGCACAUUUAAUAAAUGGUUUAAAACACACUAUAAUGUAGUUGCAA